UAAAAAUAAAACAUUAAUUUUUGUUUUUUUGGUAUGCCUUCGCUCUCCGUUGUUCAUCUCCUUUCUCUCUCUAAAAUCUUAAAGCCCCGGAUUCUCACGCCGCUACUGUCGUCUCCUCCUUCGAUUCAAGGUUUAAGGGGUUGAUUUUGGUUGUAUUUGUGCUGCAUAUCUGGGAAUGGCUGGGAUUGCGAGUGAGGAAUCGGGAGCGGGAAAGUCUGUGGAGGGAAGUUAUAGUGGGCACCGUUGUCAAUCUGGGGAAGUGUUGGCAGAAUGGCGCUCUUCUGAGCAGGUGGAGAAUGGAAUACCGUCGACUUCACCCCCUUAUUGGGACACUGACGAGGACGAGGACGAUGGUGGACCAAAAUCAUCUGAGUUGUAUGGAAAACAUACUUGGAAGAUCGAAAAGUUUUCUCAGAUUACCAAAAGGGAACUUCAUAGUAGUGCAUUUGAAGUUGGCAACUACAAGUGGUAUAUUUUAAUUUAUCCACAAGGUUGUGAUGUAUGCAAUUAUCUCUCUCUGUUUCUCUGUGUUGCUAAUCAUGACAAACUUCUUCCAGGAUGGAGUCAUUUUGCACAAUUUACAAUAGCUGUGGUUAACAAAGACCCCAAGAAAUCAAAAUAUUCUGAUACAUUGCACCGAUUUUGGAAGAAGGAGCAUGACUGGGGGUGGAAAAAGUUUAUGGAGAUUUCAAAGGUGUAUGAUGGCUUUGUUGACACUUCUGACAAUCUCAUAAUAAAAGCUCAAGUUCAAGUCAUCAGGGAAAAACCUUACAGGCCUUUUCGUUGCCUUGAUUGUCAGUAUAGGAGAGAACUUGUUAGGGUAUAUUUGACUAAUGUAGAACAAAUUUACCGGCGUUUUGUGGAGGAGAGAAGAAGCAAGCUUGGGAAGCUGAUAGAGGAUAAAGCUAGGUGGUCAAGCUUCUGUACUUUUUGGCGAGAAAUUGAUCAAACUUCUAGGCACAGCAUGUCUAGGGAAAAAACAGAUGUAAUUUUGAAAUUAGUAGUCAAACACUUCUUUAUAGAGAAAGAAGUGACUUCUACUUUGGUAAUGGACUCCUUAUAUAGUGGAUUGAAGGCUCUGGAAUGCCAGACUAAGAGCAAGAAAGGUAGGGUAAAAUUGUUGGAGGCUGAAGAAAUGCCCGUUCCAAUUGUUUGUGCUGAGAAAGAUAUGUUUGUACUGGUGGAUGAUGUUCUGUUGUUACUUGAGAGGGCAGCUAUAGAACCUCUCCCUCCAAAAGACGAGAAGGGUCCUCAAAAUCGCACAAAGGAUGGAAACUCUGGGGAGGACUUCAAUAAAGAUUCCAUAGAGCGUGAUGAAAGGCGUCUCACAGAAUUGGGUCGCAGGACUUUGGAAAUAUUUGUCCUUGCCCAUCUAUUCAGCAAUAAAAUUGAGGUUUCUUACCAGGAAGCUGUUGCUCUGAAGAGACAAGAAGAGCUCAUUCGUGAAGAAGAGGCAGCAUGCCUGGCUGAAACUGAACAGAAAGCAAAACGUGGAGUUAAUGAGAGGGAAAAGAAGGCAAAGAAGAAACAGGCCAAACAGAAACGGAACAACCAAAAAGGAAAGGAUAAAAGUAGGGAGGAGAGGCCUACUGUGGCUGAAUAUGACAAGCAGCAAGACAAUGCUUCUAAUGUGAAAAAGGAUUCUAACAUGGAUGGAGUUCAAAUUGUGGAUGAAAAGCUUGAUGCCCUGGAAGUUGUUUCUGAUGUGUCUGAAUCUGUGGUUGGAGUCGACGAAGUGCCUCAGCCUGAUUCAGAAGAAAGAGAUGCAAGUCCUGUUCAUUGGGAUACUGAUGCAUCAGAAGUUCCUCCUUCAGCCGAGGCUAGUUGCAACGGUAUAGGUGGUCUUUCACCGGGGAAAAAUGGAAUGGCUGAGAAAAGGAGCAGUUCAGUGAUAGACGACAGUUCAUCGACAUGCUCUACUGAUUCAUUGCCUUCUGUGGUGAUUAAUGACUCCAACAAGGGGAACUCUUUCACAAAUUACAAAGUCCAAAAGUCGCCUAGCAGGGGUAAGAGCCAAGUAAAAGCAUCAUGUGAUGGGAGUAAUUGGACCACUGAAAUGGACUAUCAGGCAUCUGGUUCAACUGCAGAUGCUGUUGAUAUGAAUAAUCAGUCUGGAAGUGGUAAGGUAGGUGAAUCUGAAUCUGAGGGUGCAAUCUGCUUACAGGAUCGGUUGAAAUGGCUUGACCCGCCUGUUGUCAGAAAGGAAGAGGAAGUUUUUUCACUACAAAAGAAACUGAGCAUUAAAGAGCAAGUUGAUGUGGAAAAACCUGUUGAUAUUGGGAGCCCCCAGAAAGGGAUGACAUCAGUACGGUCAUCCUCGCCUAGGACUCCGAGAAACUUACCCUCAUCGGUACAUGUCAGGAAAACAUCUUUUAGUGCCUCACUGCAAAUUGAUAAAGAUGCACCUUCAUCUUUAACUUCUGCAUCACAAGCAACGAUUGUGCCUAGAACAGAAAUCCAGAAGGCGUCACCUCAAAAACCAAGUGAAAAACCUAUGGCACAAGUGCCUAUGAUGUCAAGACCUUCCAGUGCUCCUCUGGUUCCUGGUGGUCCCAGGCCAACUAAUUCUGUUUCUAUGGUUCAAACAGCUCUGCCUCUUGCACGCUCAGUGAGUGCAACUGGUCGGUUGGGUCCUGAUCCUUCAUCUGCUGCUACUAAUGGCUUUGUUCCUCAGUCGUACAGAAAUGCGAUGAUGGGGAAUCACAUGGUGUCAACUGCUACCAGUUUCACUCAUUCGAGCUCCAGUUCAGUAGUAAACCCAUCUUCAGGCUAUUCACAACAACCUCUAGUACCAUCCCCAAUAUUUCUAUCCCAGAGCUCUGACAGAAUGGAUUCUCUGGCUGGUCACUGUAGUGUUCCUUUUGGUAUGAUUACUCAAGACGUUUUGCAAAAUGGGCCCCAGUCAAUGGAGAGUUCUCAAAGGGAAGCCAGCAGAAACAUGCACUACGGACAAUCUUCCCGACUAAAUGAUGUUCAAAACCUUGACUUGUUCAAGCCAGUAGACAGUAGUAGAUCUUUGGACCACACAGCAAAUGAGUUUCAAACCUGCACCUUUAGGCGUCAGAACCAAGGGUUGUUGGUGGAUGAGUUCCCACACCUUGAUAUCAUAAAUGUUCUGCUUGAUGAUGAGCAAGGUAUCGAGAGUGUAGCUGGGACAAGUUCAGUCUGCCAAUCCAUCAAUGAUGGACCACCGUUGCUUAAUCGACAGUUCACUUUUCCUGGAGACUUGGAUAAAAAUGAUGAUUUGAGAUCGUCAACCAGUUCUUGUAGGUUUGAGAGAUCACAAAGUUACCAUGAUCCUGGGUUUCAACAAGGGUAUGGUUCCUCCGGGGGGCAUUUCAACUCUAUAAGGGAUUAUCAUCCCCAGUCAAGUGCACUACCAUAUGGAAAUGGAAAGGUAGUUGGGUUUCCUCCGAACCAAUGGCAGAUGGCUGGUUCCGAUCUAUCUUAUCUCGGCAUGAGAAAUCCAGACAAUGGUGGUUAUCCGUACUAUCAAGAUUACUCAAAUUUGACAUGCGGUGUCAAUGGUUAUACUGUAUUCAGGCCUUCAAAUGGUCAGUAGAAGGAAAAGGAGGGCAAAGAUUGCCCACAAAUGUAGUAAUGUAUUGAGAAAGUUGUUUGGGUUUAUUUUAGAUUGGAGGUUGUGUAGCCCCUUGAUAAGAAAUCAUUUUGUAAAGAGUGUUUCUGAGUAAUUUGGUUCCAGCUUUUCAUGAAUUUACACAUGCCAUUAUAUUUUUUUGGGAGUAAGUUUGUUUCCUUGAGAAUUCGAUCUUCUAGGAUUAUAGGUACGGAUUGAAUGCUACAUAUCAAUAAACGAUCAUAAGACUUCAAUAAAAUUUGAGGUGAUGGAGUUUUUUUUUCCAA